CCCAGCGCCACUGACCAGCCAACCACCACCAUGUGCGCACCUGCACCAUCAGCACCUCGUCCCCCCCCCCCGCCAAAAACUCAAGCGCUCCUCAUGAGUUGUGACUGAGCUUUGUUGUUGACGUGGUUGGUUUUGGCGCCAACACACACAGACACACACACACACACACACACACACACACACCAACACACACACACCACCAUGGCUGACGCGUUGAUGAGCGAUAGCGUGCCGCCACGACGACAACAACAAGGGAGCAGUGCUGCCACUGACGAGGAGGACGCUGUCCCCAACAAGGCAGCUGUCGUCAUGGAUACACGCCCAGACGACGCUGGCAAGGCCGGCACGCUGGGCCCCUUGGACCCGCCUCCACCACCCACAACAUCGGCGACGAUUUCCACCCCCAGCACCCCCGUGCCACCAACUGCAGCACACACGGAUGACCCACAACCCGCCCUGAAUUCGCCAAGCACAGCGGCAUCGUCCUCAUCCGCGUCAUCGACAGCCUCCGCGCCGUCCUCGGAUGCGAAGCGCGCGAAGCGAACCCCAGACACUGCAACCGCUUCCUCUACAUCCUCUACCCGUCGCCGCAGCCGCCGUUUGCUCAUGCAAGGGUCGUCGCCCUCGCCUCAGGAGCCACAUGCGGCCUCCUCUCCAUCGUCCACGUCCGGCACAACUGGCACAAGCGGCCAAGGCACAUCGAGUUCUGGGAAUGCAACACCAUCAAGUCCUCAGCAGGAUUCGCAGGAUCAAGCGAUGUCAUCUCAAGAACAACAACAACAGCAGCAGCAAACGCCUUCGUUACUGCAGCCAGUAGCUCCUGCGCCGCCAACACCACUUCUGCGAGACCUCGCCGACCCUGUUGACCGCAUGGCCAGCAAACACAUCCCCUCGCACGCCCGCGUUGGUUUGCUUGUCUGGGUCAAGCAGAAAGGUUCCCCGUUUUGGCCUUCCAUGUUGACGUACGAGCCACACACGGGCAACCUGAUCAAGCGCAACCCAAACGGCGAUAUCCGUAUGCUGCACGUGCAGUUCUUCGGCGACGUCAUCACGCGCGCCUGGUCCAGCUACAAGUCGGCCAUGCGGCUGUGGGAUUACCAACAAGAGAAUGGCGGAUGGGAGCUGAUCAAGGAGAGGGUGAAGCCGUCAUUGCAGAAGGCAUUCAAAAUCUCCAUGGAGCAAGCACGCAAGGCGGCAAGCAUGUCCCUGCGCGAGCGUAUCCUGGAGUGGACGUGCUUUGGCGAGUACGACGCACCGCCCGCUCCUGCCGUUGAGGAGCAGCAGCGACAGGACGAGGAGGAGCAGUCGAAGAAGCAGAAGAAGAAAAAGUCAAAGAAAGAUCGCGCGAAAGAGGUGGACGCCUCAGCACCGCCCAAGCCAAAGCGGUACACGAGUGCCUUUUUCUACUUUCUCAAAGAGCAGCGCAACAAUGACCCUGCACCCCUCAGCGUUACAGAAUCCUCCAGGGUGUUCGGGCAAAAGUGGAAGGAGCUGUCCGACGAGGCCAAGGCGCCGUAUCUGGAGCUGGAGCGGCGGGACCGCCAGCGGUACGCACGCGACAUGGAAAAGUACAAGGAGCUGCUUGUGGCACACGCCAGAGAACACGGUGCCACCACCCCUUCCAUGUCGAAGCUCAUCAGCAACAAGCCAAAGCGUGGCCGAUCCGCCUACAUCUUCUUCCGGAAGGAAAAGGAGGAAGAGCUGAAGAAGAUUUGCGCGACGCCGCAGGAGCUCUUGUCCAAACUGGGCGAAAUGUGGCAGGCCCUCAGCGAGGACCAGAAGCAGGUGUACAAGGACAGGAGCGAGAAAGACAAGCUGCGGUACCGACGGGAGCUACUUGUGUUUGAGACAAACGCCGUUGUUGAGCUGGGCCGGCAGAAGGUCGAGCAGCUGCAAUCACCGGAGGCGGCAGACGAAAUGCUCCAACACAUUCGCCUCACUCCGGACUUGACCUUGUCUGGCCCGGUGCUGUUCACCCUCGAAACCUCCAAACGCAUAAGCGCGGACAGUGACGUUGCGGACACGGCCAAGCAUGUACUUGACCAGUGGAACGCGCUCACGCAAGAAGAGCAACAGCAGUGGCAUGCCAAGGCCGCAACCACCAGGAGAAAAGCGGCAAAACGCGCUGCUGAGCGUGAGAGUCAGGAGGAUGCGGACGCUGCUGCGGCCGAUGGCGACGCGUCAACGACAGAUGCAGGCGAAGACAGCAGUGUUGAUGUGACGAAGCACGAUGACUACUGCGGCAUCUGCGGUGAAGCAGGCAACCUGCUGUGCUGCGAGGGUGGCUGCCUUAGCAGCUAUCACCUCUUCUGCGUCGGGCUCAGCUGUGCUCCGCAGGGCGCGUUUGUGUGUGACGCGUGCACGACCGGCAACCACCUGUGCUUUGCGUGCGAGCAGCCCGGCGGCCUUGAAGGUCUGCAGACGUGCUCGGUCAGGAAUUGCGGCAAGAAGUACCACCGCGCCUGCAUCUCCAACAACCCACGCGCCGCACUGAAGGACAACUCGUUCAAGUGUCCCUUGCACAAGUGUGCCAACUGCACAUAUCCACAGGCGUCGACGUACCCUCUCGUCCGCUGCAUUCGCUGCCCCAUUGCCUAUCACACGUGCUGCGUUCCCGCUGGCUGUCUCCAUGAGAAUGCGAUAUAUCUGCUGUGCCCAAAGCACCAGCCUGUGGAGAAGCAUGCCAAGUCGAACAUCUGCCUGGCGUGCGGUGAUGGCGGCAGGCUGUUCUGCUGCGACACAUGCCCUGCUGCCUACCACCAGGAGUGCCUGAAGGACGUGCUGGCUCUCACAGGCACCCCCUCGGAGGACUCGCCCUGGUACUGCCACGAGUGCCUUGGCGGUGUCAAGGCCACGGAACAGGACAUUGUUUGGUAUAAGCUUGGCCAACACCGGUUCUGGCCUGCGCGCAUUCUGGAGCACACGCAAAUCCCAGAGGCGCUGCGAUCCAAGCGGCCACCAGGCAUUUGCUUCGCGCUCAACUUCUUUGGGACGAACGAGGUAUCGUGGGGCCGCCAUGACGCGUGCAUCCGCUGGAUGCGCGGUGACGAGAAGAGCCGCUUUUCCACCUCCAGAGGGAAACCCGCGUUCCUACACGCCCUCCAGGAGGCAGCCCUCGCUUACGAUGCCGUGCAGGCUGACAAGUCAGCGAUGCUUGAGGCGAUUCGUGGUCGGAUGGCAAGCAAGCCACCAGCCUUCCAACGUGUCCGCACAAACGUGUACACAAUUCCACGCAAGCGCACGCCUGGCCAGGAAUGCUGCUGCUCCCCUGCCACUGACACAUGUGAUGACUCGUGCUUGAAUCGGAUUGUGCACUGCGAGUGCGAUCCUAAGACGUGUCCUGUGAAGGACAAGUGCCAGAACCGCCGCUUCCAGCGUCGCCAGUACCCAAAGCUCAUCCCGUUUCUCACACAAUCAAAGGGCUGGGGCCUCAAGGCCGGCGAGGACAUUGCCGAGGGCCAGUUUGUCAUUGAGUACGUGGGCGAAAUCAUCGACGCUACAGAGUGCCGACGCCGCCUCGCUGCGUCUCAGGCGGCGAAUGACCACAGCUUCUACAUUUUGUCGCUCUCUGGCUCCAGCUUUGUGGAUGCUCGGAACAAAGCCAACCUCGCCCGUUUCAUCAACCACAGCUGUGGCCCCAACUGCGAAACACAGAAAUGGAACGUGCUUGGAGAGACGCGUGUUGGCAUCUUUGCCAAGGAGGACAUUCCCAAAGGAACAGAGCUCACAUUCGACUACCAGCUUGAUUCCCUGGGCAGCCGUGGUCGAACGACGUGCCACUGCGGUGCAAGCAGCUGUCGCGGCGUCAUCGAGAAACUGGGACGCGAGGCUGCGCAGUCACGCGCGACGCCACUGGUUGGAGCCGACGGCCACGAGGACAUUUGCCACAAGUGCCGCAAGCCAGGCACCCUGUUGCUGUGCGACUUUGAGGGAUGCCCCCGCGUGUAUCACCCCGAGUGCGCUGGAGUGAACAUGGACGACGAAGAGGACGAUGACGAUGAGCCGUGGUUCUGUCCUGCACAUGUCACACCAACAAAGUAGAAGGACGCCCGAUGCACACAUGCUGUUUUGCAUACAUUCAUCAUUGCUGUUCGUUUAUUGCUGAUUUCACCGUCAACCCCAUGCCUUGUGUGUCUUGAAGACCGAGUGGGGUGCAUAAGUGAUCAAAGACCCUACGUGACGUUGUGACAACGCGCCCACUGGUUGUGUCGCUUCUCCAUUACAAAUUAAAGUAAUCGCCCAACGCAA